ACCAGACAGGGACGGGACGGCAGCGCAGGUGCCUCGGCGCAUCCCCAGGACCCGGCGAUCGGUCCGGGCGGGGAGGCGCGGCCAGCGACAUGGACGUGUACGGCACCGCGGCCGCUGACCUCGACAGGCUGGUGACCCGCCGCCUGCAGCCGCCGCCCGAGUUCGUGGGGGCUGCGCGGCGCGCGCUGGGCGCCCUGGAUGCCGCCCUCAGGGAGCGCGGGGGCCGCCGAGGGGGCGCCGGGCCGGCGCUGCGGGUGCUGAAGACCGUCAAGGAAGGCUCCUUUGGCCGGGGCACAGCUCUCAGGGGUGGCUGCGACUCUGAACUUGUCAUCUUCUUUGGCUGCUUCGAAAGCUAUGAGGACCAGAGGGGCCGUCGUGCGGAGAUCCUCCAGGAGAUGCAGGGGCUGCUGGACGCCUGGUGUCAAGACCGMAUCCCGGGCCUGCGCCUCCAGUUUCCUGAGCAGAACAUGCCCGGGGUCUUGUGGUUCCAGCUGGUAUCAGAGGAUCUUGAAAACUGGAUGGAUGUCAAACUGGUGCCUGCCUUUGACGCCCUGGGGACGCUGAGUCCUGGAAUCAAACCCAAACCUGAGGUCUACGCAACCCUCCUCAACAGCGGCUGCCAGGGGGGCGAGCACGCGGCCUGCUUUGCUGAGCUGCGGAGGAACUUCGUGAACACUCGCCCCGUCAAACUCAAGAACCUGAUCCUGCUUGUGAAGCACUGGUUCCGCCAGGUGUUCCAGGAAAAGGCRCAGACCAGGCCGCUGCCCCCGGUCUACGCCCUGGAGCUGCUGACCAUCUUCGCCUGGGAGCGGGGCUGUGGGAAGGACGCCUUCAGCCUGGCCCAGGGGUUCCGGUCCGUCCUGGGCCUGAUCCAGCAGUACCAGGGCCUGCGUGUUUUCUGGACCGUCAACUACAGCCUCGAGGACCCUAYAGUCGGGGAUUUCUUGCGGAGGCAGCUGGAGAGACCCAGGCCUGUGAUACUGGACCCUGCUGACCCCACAUGGGACGUGGGCAGUGGCACAGCCUGGCACUGGGAUGUGCUGGCCGAGGAGGCCCGGACGUGCUGUCACCACCCGUGCUUUCUGGAGGCCUCUGGGAGCCCCGUGCAGCCCUGGGAGGGGCUGGGCCUCCCACGUGCUGGGUGCUCUGAUUUGGGCCACCGUGUCCUGCGAGACUCUGACCAGGUGACCCCUGAGGACAGCAGGAGCCUGGACGACACUGUGUGUCACUGGGCAGGGGACAGCCGGCCCGUGAGUCCAGCCCCGGAGCCCGCCACAGCCGCCAGCAGCGCCCUGUCGGCCCUGGGCACAGCCUCGGCCUCUGCCCUGGCCCAGGUCCCCGCCAGGGAGCUGGACCGCUUCAUCCAGGACCAUCUGCAGCCCAACCCACGGCUCCAGGAGCAGGCCAAGAGGGCCAUCGAGGUCCUCCAGCGCUGCCUCCACAAGAACUGCACCUACAGGCCCUCGAGGGUGAUCAAGGGUGGCUCCUUCGGCAGGGGCACGAAUCUCCGGGGUGGCUGCGAGGUUGAGCUCAUCCUCUUCCUCAACUGCUUCACAAACUUCGAGGACCAGGAGCGCCACCGAGGGGAGAUCCUCAAGGAGAUGCGGACACAGCUGGCAUCGGGGUGGCAGGACCCAGUCCCCGGGCUGCGCCUUACGUUUCCUGAGCAGAACACACCUGGCGCUCUGCAGGUCCAGCUGGUGUCUGCCGCCCCAGAGACUUGGGUGAAUGUCAGCCUGCUGCCUGCCUUUGAUGCCGUGGGGCAGCUCGGAGCCGACAGCAAACCUCAGCCCCAGGUGUACACGGCCCUGUUCAACAGCGGCGGCCACGACGGCCAGCACGCGGCCUGCUUCGCAGAGCUGCGUAGGAACUUCGUGAACACGCGACCYGCCAAGCUCAAGAACCUCAUCCUACUGGUGAAACACUGGUACCAUCACGUGGCAGCUCAAAAUCAAGAGCAGCCAGGCCCCUCUCUGCCCCCAGCCUAUGCCCUGGAGCUCCUGACCAUCUUUGCCUGGGAGCAGGGCUGUAAGAACCACAGUUUCAACAUGGCCCAAGGCCUGCGGACUGUUCUGGGGCUGGUCCAGCAGUACCAGGACCUUUGUGUCUACUGGACGGACAACUAUGGCACUGAGGACCCAGCCCUGAGAACACACCUUCUUGGCCAGCUUCGGAAACCSAGGCCUCUAAUCCUGGAUCCUGCUGACCCCACCUGGAAUGUGGGCCAAGGCAGCUGGGAGCUGUUGGCCCAGAAUGCAGCGGCCCUUGAGACCCAGGCCUGCUGUAUGAGUGGGGACAGAGCCCCUGUGCCACCCUGGGAUGUGCUGCCAGCUCUCCUCCACCAGACCCCAGCCAGGGACCUGGACAAGUUCAUCAGCCGGUUUCUCCAGCCCAACCGCCACUUCCUGGCUCAGGUGAACAAGGCCGUCAACACCAUCUGCUCGUUCCUGAGGGAAAACUGCUUCCGGAAUUCUCCCAUCAAAGUGCUCAAGGUGGUCAAGGGUGGCUCUUCAGCCAAAGGCACGGCUCUACGAGGCCGCUCGGACGCCGACAUCGUGGUGUUCCUCAGCUGCUUCUCCCAGUUCACUGAGCAGGGGAACAAGCGGGCGGAGAUCAUCUCCGAGAUCCGGGCCCAGCUGGAGGCCUGUCAGCAGGAGCAGCAGUUUGAAGUCAAGUUUGAAAUCUCUAAGUGGGAGAACCCCCGGGUGCUGAGCUUCUCCUUGACAUCCCAGACGAUGCUGGACCACAGUGUGGACUUUGACGUGCUGCCAGCCUUUGAUGCGCUAGGCCAGCUGGGAGCGGGCUCCAGGCCCCCCCACGCACAGGUCUACAGGGACCUCAUCCGCAGCUACCACUGCGCCGGCGAGUUCUCCACCUGCUUCACGGAGCUGCAGCGCGACUUCAUCGUCUCCCGCCCCACCAAGCUCAAAAGCCUGAUCCGGCUGGUGAAGUACUGGUACCGGCAGGGCCACAAGAUGCCCAAGGGGAAGGGCUCCCUGCCCCCCCAGCACGGGCUGGAGCUCCUGACCGUGUACGCCUGGGAGCAGGGCGGCCGGGACCCCCAGUUCGGGAUGGCCGAGGGCUUCCGCACGGUCCUGGAGCUCAUCACGCAGUACCGCCAGCUCUGCGUCUACUGGACCAUCAACUACAGCGCUGAGGACGAGACCAUCGGGGACUUCCUGAGACAGCAGCUUCAGAAGCCCAGACCCAUCAUCCUGGACCCGGCUGACCCGACGGGAAACCUGGGCCAUAGUGCCCGCUGGGACUUGCUGGCCAAGGAAGCCGAGGACUGCAUGUCUGCACUGUGCUGCAUGGACAGGGACGGCACUGCCAUCCGGCCGUGGCCAGUGAGGCCAGCACCACUCUUCACGACCCCCGGCCACCUUCUGGACAAGUUCAUCGAGGACUUUCUCGAGCCCAACAAAGUCUUCCUGAAUCAGCUCAACAAAGCCGUGGACGACAUCUGCACAUUCCUUAAAGAAGAUUGCUUCCGACACUCGACCACCAAGGUCCAGAAGGUCGUCAAGGGAGGGUCAGCCGCCAAAGGCACGACCCUGAAGACCGGUUCCGACGCUGACCUGGUGGUGUUCCCCAGCACACUUCAGAGCUACACCUCCCAGAGAAACGAGCGGGCCAGGGUUGUCCAGGAGAUCCGCAGGCAGCUGGAAGUCUGGCAGCAGAAGAAGCAGUUCGAAGUGACAUUCGAGAUGUCCAAGUGGAAGGCCCCCAGGGUGCUGAGCUUCUCUCUGAAAUCCAAAGAUGUCAACGAAAGUGUCGACUUUGAYGUGUUGCCCGCCUUUAACGCACUAGGUCAACUGCGUUCCGGCUCCACACCCGGACCCCAGGUCUACGCGGGGCUCAUCGAUCUGUACAGAUCCUCUGACCUCCCGGGGGGAGAGUUUUCUACCUGUUUUACCGAACUGCAGCGCAAUUUCAUCGUCUCCCGGCCCACCAAGCUGAAGAACUUGAUCCGCCUGAUGAAGCACUGGUACAAACAGUGUGAAAGAAAACUGAAAUCCAAGGGGUCUCUGCCCCCGAAGUACGCCCUGGAGCUGCUCACCGUCUACGCCUGGGAGCAGGGCAGCGGGUCGGAGAGUUUCCACACCGCYGAAGGCUUCAGGACAGUCCUGGAUCUGGUCACAAAGUACCAGCAGCUCUGCAUCUUUUGGAAUGUCAACUACAACUUCGAGGACGAGACGAUGCGCACCUUCCUUCUGACCCAGAUCCAGAAAACCAGGCCUGUGAUCUUGGACCCAGCAGACCCCACGGGUGACGUGGGAGGUGGGGACCGCUGGUGCUGGCAUCUCCUGGCCAAAGAAGCCCGGCAGUGGCUGUCGUCUCUCUGCAUGAGGGAUGGGGCCGGAAACCCCGUGCAGCUGUGGAAUGUGCCAGUAAGGGUGAUCUGAAGGAAGUGCCCCCCCCCCCGACGGUCCUGUGUCAGGCUCAAGUCAAGGAACUUCUCUGGGAGCUAAAGCAGCCAUGUCCCCUUCCCCACCCUGUCACCAGUAACCGCUGCACAUCUCAGCAAGCAAGAGGCCCCCAGGGCUCCAGAACAGCUUGGGAGCCCUUCCCUGUGCGGUUCCCUGGGCCUCAGCGCCUCUG